CAAGUAAUUUUUCUCGGACCUUCUGCGGACGCUCGGCGACGUUGACAACUACACACAGUGCGUUUCGCCGGGAACUCCGCGUUAUAUUGAAGUUUUACAUCGAUUAAAGUUAGAAGAGUCCCGGGAAAAUUAUCGCGUAUCGCAUGGACGCGCCAGUGGCUGUACGCGAUAUGUGAGGAUUUGGAUAAAUCACUUAAAAACAGUUUGAUAAAUUCCAUUCGCGCGCUUCAUUUUUUGACAGGAUAGGAGGAGGAGGAGGAUCGUUGAAUAUUUGGAGGAUAUCGACAUAUGGAAGCAGGUAGCUGAACAUCAGCGGCGUUUAGUCGAGUGUUGUGAUGGGUAAAGACUACUACAGGAUCCUGGGGAUAGAGAAGGGCGCCUCGGAUGAGGAGAUCAAGAAAGCCUACAGAAAACAAGCUUUAAGAUUUCAUCCCGACAAAAACAAAUCAGCCGGAGCAGAAGAUAAAUUCAAAGAGAUCGCCGAGGCUUACGAUGUCCUGAGCGAUGCCAAGAAGAAAGACAUCUAUGACAGAUGUGGAGAGGAUGGGCUCAAGGGACAUGCCGGAGGUGGCUGCAAUGGCCCUAGCUAUACUUUUCACGGCGAUCCUCACGCCAUGUUCGCAGAGUUCUUUGGUGGCCGUAGCCCGUUCGAUCAGUUUUUUGCAUCUGCUGGGGGCGCAGAUGAUGGCAUGGACACUGACGACCCCUUUGCAGCCUUCGGGAUGGGCGGAUUUCCCAGAUCUUUCAAGUCUCGGGUAGGCGGCGUGCACGGGGGCCGAGUAAAGAAGAAAGAUCCCCCAGUGGUGCACGAGCUCAAGGUGAGUCUGGAAGAAGUGUUCUCUGGUUGCACAAAAAAGAUGAAGAUCUCUCGCAAGAGGCUGAACCCGGACGGCUGCACCAUGCGCACCGAAGACAAGAUCCUCACCGUGGACAUCAAGCGUGGCUGGAAGGAGGGGACUAAGAUUACCUUUCCCAAAGAGGGAGACGAGACGCCAAGCAACAUCCCUGCCGACAUAGUGUUUGUGGUUAAGGACAAGGUUCACCCGGUUUUUAGGAGAGACGGCUCUGACAUCAUCUACCCUGCAAGGAUAUCUCUCAGAGAGGCUCUCUGCGGCUGCUCCAUCAGCGCCCCCACCUUGGACGGUAGAACUGUCACAGUGACAUCACGUGAUGUCAUCAAACCCGGUAUGAAGAAGAGGAUCGUGGGAGAAGGACUGCCACUGUCCAAAUGUCCUGAAAAGAGAGGAGACAUGGUACUAGAUUUCUCAGUGAAAUUUCCGGACAAGUUGGGACCGAGUGCUCGUGAAUCUCUGGUUCAGAUCCUACCACCUUGAGCAUUACAACCGCUGGAGGACAGACUCUCAACACACUAUGAUUGGGCCCUUCUGAUCUUCUAGAUAUUAUUGCACCUGAAAGUAUCGGUGUUAAAUACACAAAAGUCAAGCUCAGAGAAACACAAUAGAGCUCCCAACAGAUUAUUUAUACCCCCUUACUUAUAUCGCAAUGCACUUUUACAAGUAAUAUAUUGACUUUCACGCAUAGUUUGCAGUACCUUCACGUAAAUGCUUCAUCAUCCUCCUGUUUGCUUCUUCAGGCUUCUUUCCCCUUGUUUAUAUUUUCCUUUAUUAAAUUUAGAUUCCAAUUUUACUUUCUGAGCAGUCAACAUUGUACUUAACAUUAACAUCAAAGCUGAACAACAGGGUUUUAUACAUGUCUGAGGAUCUCAGAUAGUAAUUGUAGAAGUGUGUGUGUGAUUGUGGUUGUGUGAAAUCCCAAUGCCGGGGCGGCUGGGAGCAGAGUUUCUUUGCAUAGAGAUCCUCACCAUGGACAUCAAGCGUGGCUGGAAGGCUAAGAUUACCUGAGCAUUAUCACAGUGCUUCCAGAGCAUGUUAAAGGAACACGCCACCGUUUUUCCAUAUUCCACUAUGUUCUUCCCUCAACGGUGCCACUAUGCUAGAGUUUAGCUAACUCCCCUUUUCAGGAGUGAUGAUAUUACUGCGCCGAGGUCGAAGUGCUGCGAAGUGCUCUUCCGCUAUACAUUAUAGUUAUAAUUUUUUAUCCGCUUAGAAAAUCGUUGUGUUUUAUUUUGUGUCACCAUACUUACUUGUGUAGCUACUCAUGUAACUGUCUUUAAAUAGGGAAAACAUGGAAAUGUUUGGUAGCUUCUAAAUUCAUCCCUGUUUGGAUUCUAAGGAAUGAAUGGUGCUAAACUAAACGCUAGCAUAGUGGCGCCACACGCUACAGCAAAUGAGUGCACGCACUGAGAUUGGAGAGGUUUGUAUCAACUCGUCUAAGUUGAGGAAAGAAAGUAGUGGAAUAUGGAAAACCGGUGGUGUUUUCCUUUAAAGUGUGGUUACAUUUACUAUUGCUUGAUAAAAUUUCACUGGGGAAAGGGAGUCAUUCCAAUCCACCUCAUUUUUCAAUGUUGAAGUAAGCAUUUUCUAUGAAUGUGCGAGAUUUCCGAUUCAUUAGCGCUAUAGGUAAAUAACUAGAUGAAUAGACCAUAGACUGUAUAAAUUAUGGGCGUAAUGUCAGUGACGUCUUUCAUAGGUUUCUGAAGAGCAUUUGUGAAGCCCCAAGUGGGCGGAGCCGGCCGUCGCCAUCUUGGCAGUGUGACACUCCUGGAUAAUUGGAAAUGGUCAAAGAGGCAGGUCAUGGGUAGAGCUGAGGUGCCUGGUUGCUGAAACCACGCCUGCCUAGCUCGACAUGCAGGCAAUCCACCUGUCACUCAAGUGGCCACACCCUUAAUUAUGAGGAAUUUUAUUAUAAUUUAAACAGAGGAGUUAUAAAAAAAAUCCACCCUGUCACAGUUGUCAUGAAGGGCAAGAUUAGCUAUAUAGACCAAAACCACUUUUUGUACCAGGCUGUAAUUUUUUUAUUUUUAUUUUUUCUGCUGUAAAGUUGGCCGUUUUAACAUGGGGGCCCAUGGGAUUGAAUUCCUUUUGGAGCAUGUCUCUAGCAGUCAGUUGAUGAACUGCAGUUAAAGUCACUUCCAUGUCGGGUUCAAGAGAGAGACAGGAAGGUUUCCGCUUGGAAUAGACCUUAUGCGUCAUAUAAACAAGUGUGCAGCCAUCUUUAGAAUUAUAGUUUUUAGAAUUUUGAGCUUCUGUUUUAGUGGUAGCUCUACAGCAUCACUGUUGAAGAUAAAUUAGCUGGUGAAGUUGGUUUACUUAAUGUAGAGCUAACAACAAAAUUCAUCAUGAACAUUGUAAUGUUUGAAGCGAAUGUCGUAAAUGUCAGUAGACUGGGAAGAUUUUUAAACGAGUGGUUAAUUCAUAAAUUCGUGUGAUCUUACGGUAACUCUGUGUGGAAACAAAAACAGAAGACAACGAGCGCCGUGCAGAAAAGGGGCGGAGCUACAAGGUCUAUAAGUAGGCUACAAUGAAACUACUUGUUCUGCAAACCGGUGUGUAUAUAAUUAUGACAAUAUGAUAAGAAAUACCUGUUUGCAAUGUCAAGCAGUAUAGCGAGCAGUUUUGUCAUUAAAAUGACUAGAAGCGAAAGUCAACAGAUGGCUCGCACAUUCAAGUUAAACGGCUGCAUCAGCUCGUAAGUUAAAAAUAAGGAGGAAUCUGGGGGUGGAGAAAAUUUUCCCCAUGCAGAUUUUCAAAUGAAGCAGCUUUCUUGGGCUCAACGCAGUGAAUUUCUGUGAAUGCUUUGAAACGGUCGCAGAAACGUUCACACAGAAUUCCCAAACGCAUAGAUUCCUGUUGUAAAGUGGAUUUCGACCAUGCAGAUUCACUGAGCAAUGGUAAAUGUGACCGCACAUUUACACUGCAGACACCACUCGCUUUCUCCUGCUAGGAGUGACCAGUGAUGGGUUACUGUGAUUUCCAUGUCACCUCUGUGUCUUUGAGCACAUAACUGCUCCAUUCAGACCAUACCUUCUCUAAUAAUUUGUUUGUUGCAGCCAAGUACAUUUCAGGUUUAAAAAUGCCUGAAUGUAGCUUUAAUUAACUUUUAAUGGGUGAUGUUUUGGAAAGCAUAAAUGGUGUGUAGUUGCUGCAAAAUUAUACACUUCAGCUUUCAAGACUUAUAAUUUGCUAAGGAGCAUUCAUUUGUGGGAAUUCACACUAUAAAACAUUAAACACAGCUUAAACCUUCUUUUGCUUGCAAUAAAUGUAGCUUGGAAAUAAUUCAUAAUAUUCUUUCAUGGCCCGGGAAACACACUCUUAUUUUAGAGUCAUAUAUUUAUGCUGUUAAUAUUGUAGUGCACAUAUUGAGAUGGUGUACAAUGAUGAGACGAUGGUGAUUUUAUAGACUUUAUUGGAUUUUUCGUCUUAGAACUGCCAUUACCAGAAGUAAUUUUAUAAGGAAUGACAGUAUUUGUGCCAAACGUAUGCAGGUUGCGAUGGCACAUAUGCACACAGUUUAAAGAACCUCACACAUUAUUGCUGCAUCAUCAGCAUGCUAUUUAAAAUUUACAACGUGAUGGAAUUUGUGCGUUUCUGUAAAAAGAUGUUGGCCUUUUUUUUAGUGAAAUGCUUCACUAUUCUUUAUCAUAUGCAUAAUUGUUUUUUAUUCCUUGCAAUUAAAGGCUUUACAAGUGCUGUUCUGUA